GUGGUCUACAAGAACAACGACAUCCGUCUGGAGCUCUCCCGUCUGGCGCGCAUCGUGGACCCCAAGAUGAAGAUCCAGGGGGACGUGGUGUUUAAGUGUGAGAACGUGGCCACCCUGGACCCUAUCUCCUUCGAGACCCCCGAGGCCUACAUCAGCCUACCCAAGUGGAACACCAAGAGGAUGGGCUCCAUGUCCUUUGACUUCAGGACCUCGGAACCCAACGGACUCAUCCUCUUCACCCACGGCAAGCUCCAGGAGCGCAAGGAGGCCCAACGCAGCCAGAAGAACACCAAGGUAAGACAAUGAACGAUUAAUAAAUCAAACAAUACAUACAUGUAUCCAUCCAUACAUGUAUCCAAACAAUACAUACAUGUGGUCCUCUGUAGCUCAGCUGGUAGAGCACGGCGCUUGUAACGCCAAGGUAGUGGGUUCGAUCCCCGGGACCACCCAUACACAAAAAAAAAUGUAUGCACGCACGACUGUAAGUCGCUUUGGAUAAAAGCGUCUGCUAAAUGGCAUAUUAUUAUUAUUAUUCACCUCAGCCUGUGUGUAAAGCUGUGUCUAAACUUGUCAAAUCCGUCACUAGUGGGGUUGGGGUCAAUUCCAUUUCAAUUCCAGACAAUUCAGAAAGUUAUUGUACUUCCAAUUCCAAUUCUCUUCAAUGAUUUUCAAUUAGGAAAAUGUGGAAUUAGAGUUGGAAUGCUGAUUACUUUCUGAAUUGACUGGAAUUGAAAUUUAAUUGACCCAAGCCCUGGUGAGAAGAAACAAAAACAUUUGUGUUCAAGGAUUUAUUUGUGGAGUAUUGGGCUUAUGGAUCCUAUUUUGUAAAGAUAUCUCAGGGGCUGUUGUACCCCAAUGAUGAAUAAACACCUUGACCAUCUUCCCAAGGUGGACUUCUUUGCGGUGGAGCUGCUAGAUGGCAGUCUGUACCUGCUGUUGGACAUGGGCUCAGGGACCAUCAAGGUCAAAGCCACCCAGAACAAGGUCAACGACGGAGCC